UCAUGUUAAAGAUUCGUUCAAAAAGAACGAACCGUUCAUAAACGACCCAUCAUUACUACAUAGAUAGUUUAUAUUUUUGUUUAUAGCUACUUCUGUAUCAUUACACAAAGCGUAUAAACGAUUAUAAAUGUAUGUGGCGGGAUAUUUUUGUAUUUUAGUCUUUCCUGUAUUUACACGCUGUGUUGUGCUAACUGCUCUUUGCUAAAACUGGUUAAGGUAAUAAAUUCCGCGUCCGGUAAAGCCGUCUAUGCUGUCAUGUUUCCCGGAAGAGACAUGCUUAACACGUUUCGUAUAUAGUUUAUAUACGAUUACCGUGUAAUAGAAAUAGAAACCGAAAUAUUCCGCGAACCUGUCCUUCUUGUUGUUACUUACAGUGAAGCCUGGGCUAUAAACCGGUCCUACAGGAACACUUAGACUCGGGGCUAUAAGUAACUAAGAACUUCUCAAGAUGACUUCUCAGCCUCCAAAACACAGAAAAAAGGGUCAAUCUAAAACCAGAUCAACUUGUCCAGAACUUCCUCUUAAUGUGGUUGAGGAAAUUCUUCUAAACCUACCUGGUCAGCAGGUAAUUUGUGUGUGCCGCCUGGUGUGUUAUGCGUGGAAGUCGGUGGUGGACAGCACUGCAUUUUGGAAAGAGCGAUGCCGUAGGGAAGGAUACAAGCCUCUCAAUAACCACAGAGUCCCAAAAGAUUGGCGGACCUUCUUUUUCCUAUGUAAGAAACGCAGGAAUCUGUUGAAGAACCCCAAUGCGGAAGAGGAAUUCAAAGACUGGAAAAUCAUAGAAAAUGGUGGUGACCGAUGGGCUGUAGAGAACCUGUUCAAACCUCAUCCAGAUGAGACUGUAAUAAAAUGCUUUGUUACUUCUUAUUGGCCAUGCAUAAAGGCACAACUGAUCAACCUAGAGAAAGAAGGCUACAGCCCUGCGUUUAUGGAUGAAGUACAGCCUGACAUUGUGAUAACAGACUGGUAUGCGCCACGGUGGGACUGUGGCAGUGUGUAUCAAAUUUGUGUUGAGUUACUUAAUCACAAGAAGAAGGUAAUCCAGGUCUUUCAGCCUGAACAAGUGACAUUUCCACAAUGGAAUGAUCAGGAAUGGAACAAGAUGACUCAUGUGUUUAAGGACUAUGGACCAGGUGUUCGAUUCAUCCAUUUUAAACAUGGAGGGAAGGACACACAGUUCUGGGCCGGACACUAUGGAAUUAGGGUCACUAACAGUAGUGUGGAACUCUUUCCAGCAAAUGAAGAAUAAUGCCUAAAAUAGCCUUUACUGUAUAUAGGUAAUUGCAAGAAAUUUUUUCAUGUCUUAAAAUUUCUUUGUCUUGUUUUAAAUAUACAUAACACAUUUGAUUAUUUAAUUGCCCAUUACAAAAUUUACAAUUUAGAGUCUUUGUCUUACACAUGAUUGUUUCUAAAUUUGUCUGUGGUUGAAUAAAAAAUAACAUGUUUUUGAUUACUGUCCAAAACAGAAGGAAUUGUAACUGAUAUUCUUUACCUUGCAUAAUAAAGUGUUUUUG